AUGUCACAAUAUAGCUAUAGAGGCAGUACAGAUAAUAGUGAAUCCCAUCACUCCCCAUUGAUCAACUAUAGAAAAGAUGCUAAAAAAGGUAUUAAAUUCACAUUCAUGGUUGUUGGUGAAAGUGGUACUGGUAAGACCACAUUUAUUAACAGUUUGUUGAACAAGAAGGUGUUGAAUCAUCGUUAUGAAAAAGUGGGCCAUACUGCUGGUGAAACAAAAACUUUGAGUUUUACUUCAGCUAAAUCGGUUGCCUUGCCAAAUACUUCUAUAUUGACUAAAAAUGAGUUCAAUCCAAGAACCAUUAAUGAAGAACCGGGAAUUGCUUUAACUGAAACUCAUAUUGAGAUUGUUGAUGAUGAUAACCAAAAAUUGUUGUUGAAUAUUAUAGAUACCCCUGGUUUUGGAGAAAAUUUGAAUAACGAAUUGUGUUUUGUGGAGAUUGAAAAUUAUUUGAAACAACAAUUUGAUUUGGUUUUAGCUGAAGAAACUAGAAUUAAGAGAAAUCCACGUUUUGUUGAUACUAGAGUUCAUGUGAUGUUGUAUUUUAUUACUCCUACUGGACACGGUCUUAGAGAAAUUGAUAUUCAAUGUAUGAAGAGAUUGAGCAAAUAUGUUAAUAUUAUUCCUGUUAUUGGUAAAGCUGAUUCUUUUACUCCAAAUGAAUUACAAUACUUCAAGCAACAAAUCAGAAUUGAUAUUCAAAAAUUCAAUGUUCCAACUUUUCAAUUUGAUAACUCAUUGGAUGAUUAUGAUGAAGAUGAGGAUUAUGAUUUGAUUCAAGAAUGUAAGUUUUUAACCAAUUUACAACCUUUUGCCGUCAUCACUUCAGAAGACGUGUUUGAAGUUUCUAACAAUGGUGAACAACCAAAGAUUAUAAGAGCAAGAAAAUAUCCGUGGGGUUUGGUGGAUAUUAACGACACUAGAUUUAGUGAUUUCCCAAUUUUGAGAUCUGUAUUGUUGGGUUCACAUUUACAGGAUUUGAAGGAUUUGACACAUGAUUUCUUGUAUGAAAGAUACAGAACUGAAAGAUUAACCAAAGUUACUGGUAAUGGGCAAGCUUUCGAAGAUGAAGAAGGUGAUGAUGGUGAAUUCCACGAUACUGUGGAACACCAAGUUAAUGAAACUCGUGAGAGAGGUGGUUUACAAGACAAUUCGACUAUUCCUUCGUUAUCCAAUUUGGCACAGUUGACUAACGGAAAUGAUAAUAGUUAUAACAACCAUAGCAAUGUCAAUGGCGAUAAUAAUUCAAUAACUUCUGCAAGUUCAUCUAUCAAAAAGUCCAGCUCAAUGUUGAUUGAUGAUGACCAUCAUACACCUAAAUUGAAGAAUCUCAGUUCAUUCACAUCAUCAACUUCUACAGUAUCGCUUGAAAAUGGCGAGAAGGAGAAGGACAGGGCACCAAACAACAAUGCCUUUAAGAGAUUAUCUAUUGGUCCACAACGUAAUCAAUUGCGUCAAAUUUCAGAAACUGUGCCAUAUGUGUUGAGACAUGAGAGAAUUUUGGAAAGACAACAGAAAUUGGAAGAAAUGGAACAAGCAAGUGCCAGAGAAUUAGCCAACAGAGCUGCACUUUUGGAAAAGAAGGCUGCGGAAUUAAAAGCUAAAGAAAAGAUUUUAAGACAAUUGGAAAUGGCAAGAGCCGAGCAACUGGCUAAUUCUAGUUUGCACAGAAAUGAAAGUAAUGUUGAUGGAGAACAAGAAGAAGAAAUUACCACCAGAUAUGAUAAUUCUGAAUAUCAACAUGAUGAUAGUACACCUAAUUACGAAACUUCAAGGUUGCAAAAGGAUGAAACAUUGACAGACUUGCAUUCAAUUGUAAGUAAUGGUCAUUAA